AUGCACCUCGAAGGAGCAGCAAAGACGAACGUUACAACGUUCUACGAGACGCAGCUUAGACAAGACUUGCCAAACCCUUGUCAACUCCUUGAGCGCCUUGAACUCCUCUAUGGAGAACGCAACCGCAAGCAGAAAGCAAUCCAGAACCUGCACUCUAUACGCCAACGAGAAGACGAGACCUUCAUAUCUUUCUACCCUCGCUUUGAGAAAGAGAUUGCCAACGCCAACGCAGAAGGAUGGGACGAUGACGCGAAGAUAUCCUACCUCCGCAACGCACUCAGCAACAAAAUGAGAGACCGCCUCGUAGGCCUUUCUGGAAGCGACACCGACACGUACGCUGGGUUUGUUCAAAGAUGCGUAGACGUAAGUAACGACAUGGAACUCUAUGGUCAGUGGACAAAGAAGAAAGUUGCAGGCAGCGGCUACACAGCUGGAUACACCCUCCCCCCAGCUCCAAUGACAACAGUUGACGCCAAUGUUGCUGGCUACAGCAAUCACCAGGACAUGAUGGAAUGGGAACCUACGCAGCCCGCAACCACUCAAGUGAACGCUGUCGGUCUCCGUGGCAAGGCCAACAUAAAUGGGUUCCCUUCUAAGCGCCCUGAGGACCAAGAGCUUCUUGGGAAACGGGCAAAGUGGGUGAACCAAGAAGAAAUCGAUGCUCGACGCCAGGGUCGACGUUGCCUCCGAUGCGGCCGCAACAACUGCCGAAUAGCUACUUGCCCGCUGGCAGCCGCACUUCGACCAACUUAUGUUGGCGUCAAGACCGCAAAGAGUACCGUAGUCACCAAAGCAGCUGUAGAGGAGGAUUCAGAAGACCCUCAAGCAGAGCAAUAG